GGUGUAGGCGUGUAUUCGUUAUAGGAUGUGUACACACAAUUCCGGGAUCUGAAUGAUUUAACACGACGCAAGAGACGGUCGCACACCUUCUGGUACACAACCAACCCUAAACACUACGGAACAGCGAUUCGGUCUUCCAACCACCAUUAUGAACCUAAGUUUCGAGCCUUCAUUCAACCAGACCAAUGUCACGACGGCACCAAAUAUAGAGGUAAACCAGCAACAUAUGUUAAAUGCAUUCAACAGUAACUUAGCACAGACACUUCUACCAUUGACAGUUGUCCUAUGGUUUUAUCUCGUCAUCGGGUUUUUAGGAAACAGCUUAGUAAUGUUUGUGUACUGGGCACGUAAGAAACCCAUGCGAGAUGACCGGUACUUCAUUCCUUUGCUAGCGCUGAUGGACCUUAUAUCGUGUGUUGUCUCGUCGGGGACGGGGAUUCACGCCCAGACGCACCCGCUGAUGUUCGACAAUAAUGUCGGAUGUAAAAUGGCAGCGUUUCUGGGUAUCUUGUUUGCCUGUGUAUCGGCCGACUUUCUUCUCGUUAUUGCUAUAGAACGUUACAUCAAGCUUUGCCGACCCUUUGGCCGGCAGAUGACAAUAUUCAUUAAAAAAGCCAUUAUCGUUGUAAUUACUUUAUUUGGCUUGGUAUUAUCAGUACCUGCUCUCGGUAUUUACCAAGUAGAAGAGAUACCUAAAAUGAGAAACAUGUAUGGAAUCCAGGCUUGGCAAUGUACUGACAUGAAAGACAAAGGACAGGCAACAGGUCACACGGUCUACAAGGUCUCACUGUUUGUAGUGACUAUUACUAGGUUCGUGAUUCUGUUUUUCUGCUACGGUAACAUUAGUUGGGUGAUAUUUAGGCAAGGAAAAUUCAGACAAAGAAUGGGAUCUGUCGUAUCCUGUACUUCUGCUACCUCUGUCUCCUAUACCGACGAUGCAGGGAAAAGCAUUGGAAUGAAUAAACAAAACAGUGAAGGAAGCAAAUCGGAAGAUGUCAAAAAAUCUAAUAAAACCGACUUAAACGGAAGACAAACUCUUCUCAAUAGAAACCAGCCUCAUUUGGGAUCUGUAGCUGAUCGGAAGAUCACCAAACGGAACCAGAGUGUUGCUUCAAUGGCAGGAUCAGUAGCACGCAGGGAAAGCCGUGCCGACCGACAGGGAAUCCGUCUUACCGUCAUCUUUAUCCUCAUCACGUCCAUCUACAUCGUUACCUAUGGUCCCAAGGUGUGGCUCAUGAUAGAACAGUCACUCAACAGAGAUUUCUGGUCAACGGUCCCACAAGGUCAACUACUCCUUUACAGGUUUUUACACACAUUUUACAUUUUCAACAACAUUGUUAAUCCGAUUGUGUAUGGAAUAAUGGACAGACGGUUCAGAGCGGAGUGUAAGAAACGUUUUACUAGGUGUCAAUAAAUUCAAAGUUCAUCAAGUUGAUUCUUUUAUAAGUGCUCGAUUUCCAAAACCAAACUUACGUGUUUUUUUGUUUCAUUACUAACUUGAUAAGCCAUCGUGAAUUAUAUUACAAAACGCCCGCGGGUGCUAGAUUAAUCGAACAUGUUUAUGUCACGACAUGCAAGGUUUAGCUGAUUUGGUAUUGGAUAAUUGUUUCAUUUGUGUAUAUAUUGUGGCAAAGUAAAAUUAACGAUAUAUAUGAGAUAAAUACCGAAAUAUUAACUGGCUACAUUGUAUGAUAAUGAUCGCGAACCACUGUAUAUAUUUACUUCAAUCUAGUUGUACCUUUUUCGUCAGACACAUUUAUGGUGUCAUUUUGUCCUUGUGUCUGUGAGCAAAUCCCAACGCGAUAUAUUAUAUAACCUUAGCAAAACCAAACGUUUCUGUUAGUGUAAGUUCAAAGAAAGGAAUUCUUUGUGUACGCUGUUCUAAGUAUUUAUGGGUUAAAGUUGGAAUUUUAUUUAGGUGAUGACAGGGAAGACGUCAACUCAACAUAUGCAGAUAUAUAACAUUUGUCUGCGAAUUUUAGUCUGGAAAAGGAUAAAAUCAUCUCAAUUCAAAGGAUAUCCUAAACAAAAGUAACUAUAUAAGUACAUAAAUAAAUCUAAUAAAAAAAUAUCCUUAUUUAUGAUUGUUUAUUUCAAACCACAUACAAUGUUUA